UUGACGUAUAUAAACGAAAAAAGCCUUGAAAGCAAACGGUGCCUAAAAUGUGAAGGCAGUGGUACGCAAUUUUUAGGAACUUCCCGUGAUUUCAGUUCCAUCCUUUAUCAGUCCGAUAUAGUGCUACAUCCUGAUCGUCUGAAAGAGAUCGUGGAAGACUCGAUCGAUCCUUCAAAUGGAAGACGUAUCAAAAAACGCAAAGCUUUCGUUGACUACAUGUACCCGAAUACUAUUUGGCAACAUGGAGUACCGUAUUCCAUUCACUCCUCCAUAACUGGUCAAGCACUAGUUAAUGUACUCCGAGCAAUCGCCUUCUGGCAGAGCGAGACCUGCAUCGAUUUCCGGCCGCACACCACCGAGCAACAGUUUAUCCAGUUCAUCGGCAAUGACGAAGGAUGCUGGAGUACAAUCGGGAAGGAUGAUACCCUCGGUCGACAGGUGGUCAGCAUUGGCAAAGGCUGCGAACAUUUCGGUGUGACGUCACAUGAACUUGCUCAUUCGCUAGGAGUUUUCCAUGAACAGUCACGAUACGAUCGUGAUGCCUCUGUUAGGCUCAAUAAGAACGUUGUCUCACCAAAACUUCUCUUCAAUUUCGACAAGAUCAGUCGAAGAGAACUGAACACCUAUCGACUUCCCUACGAUGUUGGAAGCGUCAUGCACUACACACCUAAAGAAUUUUCGUCAUACAAGAAAAUUCCCGCAUUGACAACAGUUGAUCCGUAUCUGCAGCAGACAAUGGGACAAAUGGAAGGACCAUCUUUUCUGGAUGUGAUAUUGCUAAAUCUUCACUACAGCUGCACGGACCGAUGCCAACGACCACCUGCAUGUCAGAAUGGAGGCUUUGUUGAUAGCCGGGAUUGCAGCAAAUGCAAAUGUCCCAGCGGUUACGGUGGGGCUCUGUGUGACACGGUACAAACGUCGUUCACGAAGCGCUGUGGUGGCGAACUAAUCGCCCAUGAAGCCGUGCGACGGUUCGACAUCACUAUUAAGCAAAUUGGAAAGAAGAAAACGAAACAAUGUUUCUACCAUCUCAAGGCUCCUGAAGGUAAAAGAGUUCUUGUAAAUAUCAUACGAGUGCAAGGAAGAUGCAUAGAGGGAUGUUGGGAGGACGGCGUCGAGUUUAAAAUGACACUUGAUCCACGACCGGUCGGAUACAGGUUCUGCUGUCAACAAUCUCAUCAAGGACGAAUUCUGUCUAGGACAAAUGUUGUGCCUUUCAUUGUGACGUCAAGGAACGUGGGAAUCACCGUGGUAUUCGAGUACACCUUCGGUGAUUACAAUAUUUCAUUGUUGCACACAAAAGCUGAAGAUGUUUUGCAAACCGGUUAG